AGGACUACCAGGUUUGUUCAGAAAAUAUCAAGAAAAAUACCAAAACGUAGUUGUUCCAUCCGUUAGGAUCAAUGACAAUGUAGCUUUUUAAGAGCGUAUUUUUAGGUUUGAUGUUUUUCAAUAUUAGACUCUUUUGCUUCGAUGGGUAGUAUACUUCUCCCCACGUAGAAAAAAUUGGGUGGAAAACACCUGGUUUCGGAACCCUGAAUGGAUUCCAUCUCCAAUGCAGUCGGGCUCGGUUGUUGCAUUUGAGAAGGAACCCAUACAAAAUCCAUUCAGGAUUCCGGAAAGGUUUUAACUGGGCAACAGUUUAGUCGUGGCACUAAAUUAGUAUCGGAAUCUGAACUGUCUGUAAUUACAAGUCAGUUCCAUGUAGAUAGGGAAUCCCAUAGAACAUGGGACUGGCUUGCGAUUAUGGGCAGUGAAGUCGAAACACGAAUUACAUAAAUAAAUAAUUUAUAACACAAGUGAGCGAAUGAGACGCAAAGUUCAAAAGUACUCAAAUUUAUAUUAAAAGAACCUUUUCUUUGGUUUGUUUUAUUUAUCAGUGUAGAAAACAUAAAGGAUGUCAGUUGGCUGGUAAAACAACAUUAGGGGGACUGUGUAUAAGACGGAUACCUUCGAGUUAAAUAGCAAAUUCGACUAAUCCAUUGAUGCAUUACACGGAAAUUGUACGCGAAAUUUAACCAUGAUUUAGGAUCAGCGGUAUGCAAUUGACGGUAUACAAAUACAAAUCAGAAGUAUUCGCGUAAUAUGUCCAUCUUUCCCUACCCUAUUGUUCCUAAAUAUUGAACGACUUAUUAAUAUUUUUGUUUUUUUUUUCACCAGUCUCGUGCUAAAUAACCAUUACAUCAUGCCAAGCUAGAAAUAUUUCACGAGAUCAACGAUUUUCAAUCUAAAUUCGUCAUUUUCUGGCGUAAAAAAUUAUAUCCAUUAGUGCGCUCUCGAAAAAAAAAAGAUUUUGCUUGUGUAUCUGAUAAUUCACGCAUUAGAUAUAAACCGGUAUCUUUCAGAAUUAUUUGAAUUCUUCUAAAAUGAUAUAUAGAAUCAAUGCAUUUUAACUGAAUUUUUCCAGUUUGUAAGAAACGCAAGAUGUCCAUCUUACCUACAGAGUCCGUCUUAGUCUAUGUUCCCCUACUAUUGACGUUUUGUUAUUAACGGCUACUGAUUUCCGAUCCGGUCAAUCAGUAUACUAUAGUUUGACAUUGGAACAACCUGUAACAUUACUUCAGUGUGGGCCAACUCCAUCGACCGGAAAUAACCAACGAACCCGAUUUGAUCUGUCGUCAACGAUUCCAUUCCAGAUGGCCGACAAGAAGAAAGUUCUUUUCAUAUGCCUGGGUAACAUUUGUCGCUCACCGAUAGCGGAAGCUGUCUUCUUAAAAACCAUUGCCGAUAACGGUGUAGCCGACAAGUGGGAAGUAGACAGUGCCGCCAUUGGCGGAUGGCAUGUGGGAAAAAAUCCUGAUCAUCGGGCACUGUCUACGAUGGAGAAGCACAAUCUGCCAUACGACAACCGAGCCCGGCAGAUAAAAAAGACCGAUUUCGAGCAUUACCACUACAUUUUCGGAAUGGACAAGGAGAACAUGUCGGAUCUAAAGAGAUUGGCGCCAGGUGGAUCCAAAGCAAAACAGCUGAUGUUGGGAGAUUUUGAUUCGGACGCUCCCGGAAAAAUAAUCCGCGAUCCGUACUACGACGAGGGAGCGGAUGGAUUCGAGCAAUGUUACGUGCAAUGUGUUCGCUGUUGCGCAGGAUUUUUGGCCAAAGUGCAAAAGGGUCAAGUUUAAAACUGUUUUUUUAAAGUACAUCUUACAUAAAAUAUUGAUUAUUGAC